AUGGGUAUAAUAGAUGAGAUCUAUGAAGGGAAGCUCGACCUCAGUGUCCCUCCCGAGCAGCUUGUGCUAGAGAACGAUCUUGUGGAGCUUUUGCCUUGUCUUCCUGAGAAGUCAGACAGAGAGGCAUGGGUAGAGCUUUGUAUCGAUCAGGGCAAAACCGUUGGCAUGAUCUUGCAGCAAAUGUUGAAACUAAAAGCGGAUGAUGAGUUCAACAUUUCCAAGCUUAUGGGUGCGCUUGAUAAUGAAGACGGUAUGCACCUAAGCAUCGAGGAGAGUGUAGUAGGGGAAAUAGAGAAGGAUUCAUCCUUUUGUUUUGACCCUUCAGACGAUGCGGUUAUAGACGAAAAGAUUUCUCAAUGGGUAUCGGAAUCUGUGUGGCCGCCGAUACUCAAUCGAUUCAAACUUGACCGAUCUGAAUUUAUACGUAAACUAGUCGGAGAAAUAGGAAAAUCACUCGAUUGUGAUCCACCAUCAGCAGCAGGCUGGUGUGACUUCAGUAUGAUUGAUUUUGCCGCUGCCGAGUUCAUGGAUGAGUCAUUAGGCAGUGGUGUUUCGGUAAGUCAUCCAAACAUACAUUGUUCAUAUGCAAUAGUAUAG